AUGAGCGCGUGCGAAAAGGGCGGGCAGUGGCAACAGGCUUUGUCGCUGUUGAGCGAGAUGUGGGAAACGAAGCUGGACCCAAACGUUGUCAGCUUCAACGCAGGGAUCAGCGCGUGCGAGAAGGGUCAGCAAUGGCAACGGGCUUUGGCGCUUCUGGGCGAGAUUCGGGAGGCAAAGCUGGAGGCGAACGCCAUCAGCUACACCGCUGGGAUCUGCGCGUGUGAGAGAUGUUGCCAGUGGCGGCAGGCAUUAUCACUGCUCGGCGAGAUGGAAGAAAUCAUUUUGGAGUCAGACAAGAGCGUGCACAACUUGGUCAUCACAGCGUGUGAGCAGUCAUCUGGCGACUUGGCAGGAUUCCCGGUCUCCCUUCGGGUCGGCCUUUGA